UCGGAGAAGAGAGGGAUGUCGGGAGAGACUCGAUGAAUAAUCGGUUGGAAAUCGGCGGAUUCCAGGCCUAUAACGAGACUUUCGUAGAUGACAACGGACUAGAAAUGUGCAGAGAACCUUACGUCGACAUUAGGGAAGAAACGCUUACGAGGAACGUGCCGAAAUGCAGGAGGUCAAUCGCGAACCCGUCAAUCAGGCACUAUGACUUUGCCAAAAGGGGCCUGGAAUUUCACCAACUGGCAGUCGGCUUCCACAAAGACGGAUACGUCGUUCCUCUCCAAGAUAUUCCGUUCCGUUACGAAUCCGACGGCGAGGCGAGCUGUUCGACGACCCCGAAGAAGGAUUCAACGAGGGAUUGUAACGAUUCCGUUGACGCCCUUUACAGACGCUACGAGGAGAUCGAAUCUGCAAAUGAAGAGUACGUCGAUUAUCCAGAAGACAGGAUGGGAUUCAGAAGCGAUCUUUCUAUUAGGGAGUCGCCUCUUGGCUGUUCCGGCCCUUACAAGACGGAAACGCCGGUCUCUACGCCCAAAAAAUCCGUCUCUUUGAAGCUGACUCCUUCAAAAACCCCGACGAAACUCUCAAGGAGGAACACGGUCGUCCUGGCCCCGAUGAUCGCUCACGUCGAGAAGCAAAGGUCCCUGCAUCGAUCCAGGUCGACCAUCCUAUCCUCGCCAAGGAGGCCCAUCCUCGCCCGGAGCCCUGGCAAAUCGUCGACAAUGCUUCCGACGCACAUAUUCCAACAGGCGCAGCUUCACCGGCAAAACAUCAAUUUGGGGAAGAGCAUGCCUAACGUGGUCGUACCUAGGUAUCACACACCGAUCCGACUACCGUCUUUCAACCAUUUGUUCGAAUCUGAACUGAUAGAUCCAGCACUAGAAAGGAUGAUAUCUCCCAACCGGAAACCAAACACUGCUGUAAUUACACCGAAUAUGAGAAGCAGCAUAGCACCUCUACUUCCAACUACGCCGCCACACGAAACUUCACCUCAGCCUCCAGUCAAAUCGCCUUCUAAUUACUCAAAAGUGAGCUGGGCCACACUACCAACGAUACAUCUUCCAAUUGAAACACUGUGCUUCUUCGGUUUCAUCAUGCUCACUGCUGGUGCAGCGACGACAAUCCUGUGCUUUUAUCUUCUAUCCAUUGCUGGAAAGAGGUAUUUUCUAAACUUCGGUGCUGUGGCUGGUUUUGCCUCUCUAAUUUUAGGUUUGUUGAGUUGUAGAACGAACAAAUGGCGAUGGCUACCGCAUAGAAAUUAUUUGACAGGAUAUAUCUUGCUGGGUACCUUCAGUCUGCUAAAUGCAGCCUGCUUAGGUGGUAUAUUUUACGCGAUUGAGGUCCAGAGCCACGCUUUACUCGACACAUUGGGCGGCGCUGUGUGCGGAGUAUCAGUUCUUCUCAUCAUCGGAUCUGUGAUCGGCAUGAUCACCUCCGGUUGUUGCCAUCGGCCUCCCCCGGACAACAGAGUCGCCCACUGUGUCACGGGGUUCACAGUAUGAAACUUUCCUGCACCAAAGCUAAAUUGAAUUGUGGAUAUAUCAAAAUAUCAAAGAAAAAAUGUGAUAAAAUCUAUUUUAAAAUGUAUAUAGUAGGAGUAAUAUAAAA